CAAGGUCAGCUAAGUCUGACGUCAUCAAUAUCUCCAGGAGGUGACCGGCCUUCCUGCACUGUUGACCACUGACCACGCCAUCACGUGGUGCAUCUACUGGCCACGUUAUCCCGAGGCCCACCUGCUAACCGUGCCAUUCACGUGGUAUAUCUACUGAUCACGCCGUCACGUGACACACCAACUGACAACGUCGUCACGUGGUGUGCACCCACUUCUUUAAUCAGAACGCGUAGACAGUAACCCCUAACUGUCUAUAAGACGACCCUCCACCUCUGUGUCUGUUUGUUUAUGUGUGCGCGAGUGAGUGUGUCUAUUUAUGUGUGUGGGUGAGUGUGUGUGUGUGCGCGAGUGUGUCUGUAAGAUUCCUCUGUGAGGAGACACAGUUCAGAGUAAACGCUCGGCUCACAUAGGGACAGAUAUGAAGAGAACCCCACCUGCUUGCUCCCCGUACCACAGGACCCCACACGCAUAAACACACACACAUAUACACACACAAACAACAUACACUCACACACACACUCCCUCACUCCCCCCCACCCACACUCCCAUCCCCAUCUCCCUCAACCAAACUUCCCUCUUCCCACCAAUCCUCCUCAAUGUCAGAUGUGAAACAACCCCCUCCCCCCAGCCCUUCCUGCCCUGACAACGAACAGUGUGUAGACAUGGAGGAAGAUUCCAGCGUCCCUAGCAACCACCAGUUCUUCCUGCAAGUCCCCGGCACAGACCACACCUCAUCCGGCUACUGUCUGGAAAUAUCAGAGGUCAGCAGAAGGCGGCGGAGGUCACUGGGGUCAGAAGUCAGCAGCCCUGUGACGUGUGAGCUGACAGGCGGAGGACUCCCCUGGUGUCCGGACGAGGAGCUAUGCGGGGAGGAGAAAAAGAGAAAGACCGGCCCUAGCCCCGCCCCCAGCUCGCCCGGCGUCGAGUCGCUGCCGUCCCCCUACGCCCUCUCGCUCUCCCCCUGGGACCUGCCCUGGGCACACUUCUUGGACAGCCGCAAGACGGCGCUGGGCUCUCCGUCCGGGUGCCCGAUUCAGGAGCCACAGGCCCUGUGCCACACCCUGAGGGUGGAGCUAGACCCGGCCACCACGCCCACUAGCUGUGUGACGUCACCAAGCCACUCCUACCCCGCCUCGCCUAGCUCCGUGUCCUCGCUCGCCUUAACCCCUGACCCCGCGACCCCCUCGACCCCCCUGACCCCUGUGACUCCCCAGCUAUCCCCCGCCAUAGACAAGAUGGCAGAUACAGAAGAGCUCCUCUACUACCAACAACCACGCCCACCUUCCCUCUCCGGGCUCACUUUGCCCGACCCAGCAGACAAGCCAAGGGCGAGAAGCCGUAUGUGUGCACGUUCCCGGGCUGCCUCAAAGCCUACUCCAACUCCAGUGACCGCUUCAAGCACGUGCGUACUCACCAGGAGGACAAGCCAUACAAGUGUAAGAUGCCCGGAUGUAGGAAGCAGUACACCGACCCUAGCUCCCUGAGGAAGCACGUGCGCACACACGGACACAACCUGUCCACUCAGGGGCCACAACUCCGCCGCAGCCUCAGCGGGAGAGAGGAUGGGUCAAAGGUCAGGCUAGACACGUCACCAUCAUCAUCACCACGACGUCACAGCCUGGACGCCGUCAGCCCCACCAGGGGGCGCUACCUCUACCUGCCCGAGCCACGCCCACACCCUGCAUGUGACAUCACCAACAACACCAACACCGCCUCGCUGCACCGAGACCGCGCCGUCCGGAAGUUCGGCUGUGACGCUACUGGCUGUGUGGUGAGGGGGAGAGGAGGCGGCGUAGGUCCCACCCAUCUUGCGGCACACCACGGCGCAUGUCUCUGCCUCACACACCUUACUUCCGGGGCUCGGGGCCGCACACAAAGCGACCCACUCAACACGGCAGCGACUCACGGAGCGCGUGUGGACGACGAGGUGAUGAUGGGUGUGGCGGCAAUCAAUAGCCCACCACCACCAACAGCAAUAGUAGCCCCGCCCCCGCCCGACUUCCGGGUCCCCCGCAUCGUCAUCCACGCGGCCACCUCGGGGGGACUCCUUGACCUUGACCUUGACACGACGGUGGGGUCAGAGGUCAAGGCGGGACUAGCUGUUAGCUGCAGCAGCAGUAGCAGUAGUAGCAGUAGUAGCAGCAGUAGCAGCAGCAGCAGCAGCAGGAGUAGUAUCGUCGGCCACACCCCUCAGGGUGAGGUCAGAGAGCAGGCCAGCUUCCUCCUUCGGAAGUCCCCACAUGACCUCUCCUGUGACACUUCUGCUCACGUCACCAACGACUCCGCAGAGCCGCCACCGCCACCCCGUGUCCAGUCACGAGAUCACCGCCCGGACCACGCCACCGAUGACGUAUGUCUUGACGUCACCAAAGAAGAGGAGUCCGCUCCCCGUGACAUCAACGACAUCAACGACAUCAACGCGGCGGAGACACACACAAACCCGGCGACCCGUAGAUCUGAACCGAAAGCUGAGACACACCACAGCGAGCACGCUGAAACCUCCACCACCACUUGCCCGGGAUACUCAUUGACCAGGAAGGAAGACGUCUCUGCCUCCUACCCCUCUUCCAUGACCUCACAGCCCGCCACCCGCACGCCACCCAUAACGUCAGACCCCGUGACGCCCUCUGGUAACCAUAGGAACGGCUCUUACUCGGGCCACUGGAAGAAGCGCAACAUCCGGAGACUGCAGAGGGAGAUGGACGGAGAUCCGAACUCCCGACCACCCACACAGGAGGGCAGUGGUUCUAAUGUUCCUCCACAGGAUCUUACAGCGUAUCCUCAAGCCUCUCCGACGGCCUCUCCCGAGAUCUCUCCUCAGGCCUCUCCCAGAAUCCAUCCGGACGGCUCUCACAAAACGUGCCUCCACACCUCCCCCACCUCCCCCACCUCCCCUCCCCUGUCACGGCCAGACUACACUUCUCCUCCUCCCCUCCCUCCAUCUUCUUCUUCCCCCACGCAUUCUCCGCCAUCCGUCCCUCCUCCAACACCCGAGCUACAAUCUUUCUCCCCAUCUGUCCGUCAAACCAUGCCCACCCAUCCGCCUCCACCUCUCACCUCCAGUCAGCGAAGCCCCGCCCACCCUAUCUACCCACGCAAUGUAAGCCCCGCCUACAGCUGCCAGGACCCGCCCCUUCUCCUCCCCUCCCCUUACCGAGCAGCUCACUUCACAAGCUCCUCCCCCCGGCCCUCCCUCCCCUCGCCCACCUCGGACAUCGCCGCAUACGCCCCACCUUCUUUGCUUACUUCUAGCCCCUCCCCCUUACCGACAAGCUCCGCCUUCCAGAGAAUCCGUCCAAUCCCUGCGGCGUUGUCCAGUGGCGAUCUGCUAGGCCCCGCCUCCAUGUCGGGAACACUGCUGGGGCCCGGGAAUGGAGAGAGACUGCUCCAGACCCGCGUACACUCUCACGAAACACACCGCCGCACGGACACACAACACGCAGGCCAGGCUCUCUUGCCCAUGACAUCACCACGGUGGAGUAGUGACGUCAAAGAGAAAGUCUUCUCUGAUAACCCAGCCCUACGAGCAGCCAUAUUGCAACAGCAGCAGCAGCAGCAACAACAGCAGCAACAACAACAACAACAACAACAAAACACAACAUCCUCUGUACUGGGAAGACUCAACCUAUUGGACUACCAGGCUGCGGGGUUCGACCUCCCGACUCACCGCCCCUGGCUCUCCACCCUCCUGCCAUUGGCCGAGCUGGGGCCGCUGGGGCCACCCUCCCCCCUAGGCCCAGCCCACUCGCAGCGACUGGACACUGGUCACUUAGCCCUGGUCCACCUCCAUCCCGCUGACCUAUUUCUGUACCGGGACCUGCCCGUGGAUAUGUCCAUGCUGCGGCAGCUACACACCAUACACCACUGACCAUAACACACUACACAUUUCUGACCACAACACACUAUAC